CCACUGUCCAACAAGAGCCGUUGCGGUUGAACCGGCAGCCUCAGGAGCUUCCGCAGCGUCGCCCGAGGGUCAUGCCAUUGACUCCGCCCGCGUGCUGUCCAGCAUGGAACAGCCAUUUUCGACCUCCAAAGUGACAGUCGAGUACUUCGAUCCGCACGAUGUCUACAAGCUGCUGGCGCCGGGGCUGAUCCCCCGACUACCCCUCCGCGAUCUCAACUGGCAGUCGCACGCCGGUCCGCUGCGGUCCAUCGGCACGCUCCAUGUCGAGCUCGUUCCUGCGGGGGCCAACCAUUCGGCCGUCUUCAGUCCCGUCUCUUCGUCGAGCCCGAAUCCGAACCCGAAACCGCCAGUGCCUGGCGACACCGCCGCUCCCCAGAGCCGCGACGAUGGAUUCCAGACAGCCGCUAUCGGGGGCAGGGCAGGCUCCACGGAGCAGCAGCCAGAGACAACGAGCAGCACGCUUCGUCCCGUGGUGGGAGCGGCUACGAAGGAACGCAGGCACCAAAUCCCGGGCCUGCGCCGGACGCCAUACCUGAAGGUGCUGCUGGUGAGAUGCGACGACAACGAGACGUACAAGUCGACGACGCGUGCCGAGAUACGCGAGUGGAUCAAAACCAACACGGCCGGGUCGCAGGGCAAGUCGGGCAGCCACGCGGAAAACCACGAUGCAUUCGAGUGGCUCAUCAUCCACGUGGUGCUGCCAAACUCCGUCGCGGCCACCCAGCCGCGCUUCUCCGGCAAGGCGCCCGACUCGGGCUCCGAGGCGACCAAGACCUCGGCGGCAUCCCGUUGGCGCGCCGGUUCGAGCACCCUCCUGGAGAAGAUUCGCGCCGACUUCAACGGCUCCUCCAAGGGCGCCGUCGACCGCGUGCGCCAGAUCCGAAUCGGCAUCAACGACGUGCCGUAUCACAUGCUGCCGCGCGUUGUCCCGGCCGUGCCCACCGGAUACCAGGAGACGGAGCAGGACAGCGAGAACGCAUGGGCCGACCUGAUUGCCAAGUUCAAGGAGCUCAUCCUGUCGAGCUUCGACAGGCGAGUCUCCCAGUACGAGGAGGACAUCAAAGAGAAAGACGCCCAGAGGAGCCUGCCCGGCUGGAACUUUUGCACCUUCUUCAUCCUCAAAGAAGGCCUCGCCCGCGGCUUCGAGAGCGUCGGUCUCGUCGAGGAUGCCCUUGUAGUGUACGACGAACUGAGUGUCGGGCUGGACAAUGUCAUUCAGGAGCAGGCAAUCGCGGGAUCUGCCGAGACACACGGCGGCGCGCUGCUGCAGUACACAGAAGAUCUGAAAGAGCUGGCCCAGAAGGCCAUGGCCGAGAUUGCCGGUGGCCACCUCGAGUUCGACGACGAAGAGGCUGUCGAUCUCCAGUCUGGUGAGAAGAAACAGCCCGACAACUUCGAUAGCAUUCCCAUCAGCUCGACCAAGAAGCUGUACCGGGAUCUCAUCCUGGCGAACAACGUGUCGCUGUUCGACUUCAGGUGCUACAUCUUUUCUCGCCAAAUCGCGCUGCUCCUCCGGCUGGCAAACGCGUGGUCCUCGCGGGAGGAGCUCCUGGCUAAGCUCAAGGAGCAGCAAGAGCUAGUCCCCCGCGGCGUCGCCCCACGGACACCUCUACCGAAGAUGGCUGAGGAGCCGGAGAACCUGCUGCGCCUGGCCGAAGUCUGCAGACGAACCCUCGAGUUCGUCCCCGCCGUGUCCGCGGUCAUGAGGGCGGAUAUCAUCUCAGCAAUGGCAUCCGCGACCAGGGGCGACGGAGGCGCGGCCGAGUCCCAAGUCUCCUUGGACCCGCUGCUCUCCGAGGUGGUCGAUAACAUGGUCGCCUCUUUCGCCUUCUCGGUCGCCCAGCAGAUUCUCGCUCAGACGUCUACCAAAGCCCUCCCGAUUCCGCCGUCCACUCUCGGCCCCCCGGAAGGCCACGAGCAAAAGACGUCGAUACCAGAGCCGAAAACGAUUAUGCUUCCGACCAGGAGCUCAUCGCUUCACAUGCAACCGGCGCAACGACCCCCGCCCAGUCCCGCCGGGUUUCCCGGUCCCGGACGCCCCGAAGACAGCAUACCGCCUCCUCCGUAUGUCAAAGCUGGUCUCGAGGAGCUCGCGGCGCAGAGAGCCGAGCUGUGCGCCUUGUCGAGGAAUGUCCUCGAAGAAUGCGGCAAAAAGCGAGGCUGGACUGACGGCUGGGCAGCCGUGCCCACCGUUGGCGAGACCCGCAUUGCCGAAAUGGAGGACAUCAGCCUAGACGCCGAGGACGACAAGGAAAAGCCACAGUCCGAGACAAAGGCUGGGGAGAGGUUGCAAACGUCGGUCGCUGGCGUGGGCAACACCCUCCUCCGCACCGCCCUGGCCAACAAGGACGACUUCUACCGCCUGUACGAGACGCUGAUUGAUAAGGCACUGCGUCACUACACGGUGGCCAACCACACGCACUCGGUCCAGUCCAACCUGGCCGACCUCGCCGUGCUCAAGUUCCACCUGGGCGAGUACAGCGAGGCGGCCUUCUAUUUCUACCGUGUGAUUCCCUUCUUCGGCGAGAGCGGAUGGAGCCUCCUCGAGCUGUCCAUGCUGGUCAUGUACGCACGGUGUCUGAAGGAUCUCGGGAGACUUGACGACUACGUCAACCGGGCGCUGCGCCAGCUGCUGUGCAAGGCCGCCGCCGCCGAGCGGGACCGGCUGCAGCAGAAAUCGCGAUUCCGCCUGGGCCUCUCAUCGCCCACGCAAUACCCCGAGAGAUCAGCGAUAUCGGGGUUUUUGCCCGACCUGUUGGAUGUGUCAGCGUCGCUGGAAAAGGAUACAAGAAUCCCGUUAACAAGCCUGUUUUGCGACAUGGGCCUCGACGGCCCGCCGUUCUACGACGACGGCCAAGACAGCUUUUCUCUCUUUCUGGACCUCUAUAGCUUGCUGGUUGACGAGUUCGAGGCGACCUCGGUCAGUAUGCGGAUCUCAAGUCCCGCUUCUUUGGGCAACAAGGAAAUCUGGCUACAAACUAAAGGCCCCGUUACCCUCCGACCAGGACCGAACAAGGUGAAGGUGCAGAGCACUGUCAUGAUGACGGGCACUUUCGAGGUAGACCUGGUGCGCGUACGCAGCAGCAAGGUGCUGCUGCAGUACGAGCGAGACGGCAGCCAACCGACAGAAAAAGCCUCGACCGCGCUGAAGAACCCUCGCGUGACCCUGUACCAGCGCACCAGCUGCCUGGACGUGCAGCUCGUCGGUGCCCGAGACCUCCAGCUCGACAAGAAGAAGUCGUUGGAUCUCGAGCUGUCGACCGGCUGGAACGAAAUCACCAGCUGCGAAGUCAAGAUCAAGUCCGCCACUGGCGGUCUGAGGCUCGUCAUGAGCGAGGCCGAAGUGAUAGGGUCGCCGCAGCCGACAAAGUCCCAAGGGGGUGUCUUCACAUUCGGCCCCAUGGCCGCCCACAACGUAAUCAAGAUCAGGUUUCCUUUCACCGUCGAACAGGACCUGCUCGACGUGGCGGUAAGGGCCGAGGUGACCUACUCGACAGACAAGGGGUCGUUUACCUUCUUCAAGGCAUCCUCGGUGCCAAUCUCUCUAGCGCUCGAGGUCAACGUGCAGGACAUCUUCAAGCACGAUGCGCUCUUCUCGAGGUUCGCCGUAUCGACGGCGAAUGACAGCCCGCUGCGGCUGCUCAAGAGCGAGUUGCUCAGCUCGGAUCUGUUCGAAUCGCACUUUGGGCAGCCGCCGAGCCAUCCGGUGCUGGUUUUCCCCAAGCAGCCGGCCAGCUUGCUCUACAAGAUCACCAGGAAACCAGGGUCCAAGCUCGGACCCAAGGUCAAAAAGACGCUGUACCUCAAGCUCUACUACAGCAUCAUCCAGGACGAGAUCGACGCGCUCUUCGAGCAAGCUCUUACCGCGGCGCUCGAGUCGACUCCCUUGAAGGAGUUCUCCAAGCUGAUCAUCUCCAAGGUCCGCAGCCGGGUCCGAACAGGACUCUCGGCGUACGACCUCGAGAAGGCGACGCUCCUUGGCGAGCUCCCGACGUCCUUCCUCUUGUCCACCAACUGGGAAAAGCAGUUCGCCGGCCUCGGGUCGGGGCCCCAGGACGGCAGCGGCAGCGCCGCCGCCAUCGCGACCUUCCUCCGCAACUGGUUGCACAGUCACCCUGUCCUCGACCUCCCACAACCCGAACCCAGCUCGGCCUCCACCAGCACCACCGACGCCACAACCGUCAUCCAACAACAACAAAAAACGAUCCUCAUCCCGGUCGACAUCCCCCCGGUCUCAGUCGUCCACACAGCCGACAUCCGGCUGCACCCGCCGCUGCAGUCCCUCGCCGGCUUGUCCGGCCUCGACCCCGGUCUCAGCGAGCGCGAGAGCAGCAGCGGGACGGGCGCCAGCUGCCCGACGGCGGUGGUCAACCAGCUCCUGCCGGCGACGCUGCACCUGCGGUGGACGCGCGCGUGGGACACGGCGGCGGACGGCCGCGCGCGGGCGCAGGACCUCGAGUUCGGGUACGAGGUCAGCGCGCCGGCCGACACGUGGCUCGUCGGCGGGCGGCGCAGGGGCCAUUUCGUCAUCCCUGCCAUGGGCGAAGACGCCGGGAAGGAGGGGAAACCGGGUGAAAGCACGGUGAUAAUGAUGAGCUCGACGGUGGAAACGGAGGCCGAGAUCCCCCUCGUGCUGAUCCCCCUGCGCGAGGGGUAUCUCCCCUUGCCCUCGGUGGAGAUUAGGGAGGUGGGGUUCGGCGAUGGGGAGGGCGGCGCCGGCGGUCCCGGCAGUGGUGGUGGUGGUGCUGGUUCGGGGCCAGGAGGCGGAGCGUAUGGGCAUUGCGAGAUGGACUACAAGAACGUGGGCGAGGCGGUGUGUGUCGUGGCGGACCGCGGCAGGGUCACGGUCAGCCUGGAUGCGAGCGGCGCGUCCGGGGGCCCGCUGGUGCUGGAGUGCGAGAGCAGCGGGAUGGGAAUGGGGCGGGUGGUUGUUUGAGUCGCCCCGGCGGCAGCGCGGAUAGUUACGGGAUGGGUAUGCCCUGACUUAUUGAUGAGAAUGAGAUGAAGGGUGGGUGGAGUGGUGAUUUGGAGGGCGGUUCGGUUCUAACAGACAUAAUAACUAGUGACUGGGUGG